GACUAAGGAAGGCAUCUAAACUUUAUCAAAAAAAAAAAAAAGGAAGGCAUCUGAACCCAGCUUGAAAUUUCCACCCGGAAUAAAAUAUAUGUUAAGAUCUAACACCAAAGCUAUUGCUCUAACACAUUGCAUUCAACAAACCACAAACUCUCUGUUUUGCCCUUGAAGCUUUCCCUUUUCCAUCUUGCAACAAUCUUUGCUGUGCGAUUACUACCAUACCCAACUAUGGCUCUCGAACUGGUUGGUGAAGCUUUGCUUUCUGCUUCCCUUGAGCUGUUGCUUGAUAGGAUGGCUUCUCAGGAUGUCAUGGACUUCAUUCGUGGAAAGAAGCUCGAUCAAGGGCUGUUCAACAAGUUAAAGAUCAUGUUAUUGUCCGCUAACAGAGUGCUUAAUGAUGCUGAGAUGAAGCAACUCACUGACAGAGAUGUGAGGAAACGGCUGAACGAGCUCAAAGAUGCAAUCUACAAUGCAGAGGACUUGGUGUACGAGAUCAACACUGAAGCUCUGCGAUACGAGAUCCAAAGUCAAUCUGGAAGCCACACAUUGUUUCAGGUACGCAACUUCUUCUCGUCUAGAAUCACUGUUAAGAAUGUAGAAGCCAGGAUUGUGGAGAUUCUAAACACCCUAGAAUUUCUUAUGGAACAAAAGAAACAUCUUGGUUUGGUAGAAGGUAGUGUUCAAACCAGACCUUUCCCAAGAUUAUCUGCAGCUACUUUGGUUGAAGAAUCUGAUAUUUAUGGGAGGGAUGCUGAUAAGGAAGCUAUCAUUAAGUUGUUGCUAUCUGAAUCUGAUGAAGCAAGUGGAGGUAGUGACAGAAUAUCUGUGAUUUCCAUUGUCGGUAUGGGUGGGAUCGGCAAGACCACGCUUGCUCAGUCUGUUUACAGGACUAUUGAUGACAGGAUCAUGACCAAACCUUUUGACAUCAAAGCUUGGAUUACGGUGUCAGAAGAAUCUGAUGUUUUCACAUUAACAAAAGCAAUUUAUGAGGCAUUCACUAAUUCUGAAAAUUGCACCGUCAAGGAAACAUUUCAACUUCAACUUAAACUGAAGGUUUUUUUGGAAGGGAAAAAAUUUCUCUUAGUUCUCGACGAUGUUUGGAAUUUGAAUUAUAAAUGUUGGUAUGAUCUAAAGAGUUCAUUUGAAUCAGCCGGAUCUGGAAGUAAAAUUAUUGCAACAACACGCAUUAUAGAAAUUGCUUCAAUAAUGGCUGGUGCUCCAAAUCAAUAUCAACUAAAAGGAAUCCCAAAUGAAGAUUGUUGGAGACUAUUUGAAAAACAUGCCCUCGGUAACGUGCAGCCAAGUGUUUAUCAAAAAUUGGAAAAAAUUGGUAGAGAAAUUGUUCAAAAAUGCAAAGGGCUUCCUUUAGCAAUAAAAUCACUCGGUGGGCUUUUGCGCACAGAACAAGAUCCCAAAUAUUGGGAAAAUAUACUAAAGAAUGAUACAUGGAAUUUGGGCAAGUGUGAUAUUCUUCCAGCUCUGUGGUUGAGCUAUUAUUAUUUGCCAUCACAUCUAAAAAGAUGUUUUGCUUACUGCUCGAUUUUUCCUAAAGAUUAUGAACUUGAAAUGGAAACGCUAAUUUUAUUGUGGAUGGCACAAGAUCUUCUACAGCCACAGGAAACUAAAACACCAGAAGAAGUUGGAGAGGAAUAUUUUAAGGAUCUAAUUUCAAGAUCAUUCAUUCUUACCAAUCAAGAUGGCGAAUUUACUAUGCAUGAUCUUGUACAUGAUUUAGCAAAAUUUGUCUCAGGACAGUCUUGUUUAAGUUUAGAUGCAGAUUGCUCAAGUGUCCUUGUAAGUAAGACUCGUCAUUUCUCCUAUCAAGGACAUAAAUCCCAUAAUAUCAAGAAAAUUUUGGGUUUGGGUAAAAAUAAGGUAUUGCGCACUCUUCUAUUAUUGGAUCAAUGUUACGAAUUUGGUAGAGAAAAAUACUUGAUGCAUCCUCAAGAGUUGCAAUCAUUGCAAUACCUAAGAGUGCUUUCUGCAGAUGCAUAUGGAUAUUCGACUGGAGGUCAUCUCAUCAUGAAGGUAGUCAAUUUAAUUGGAAAUUUGAAGCUCUUAAGAUAUUUGAAUAUAUCUGGGGCCCAAAUUAAAGAAUUACCUGAUACAAUUUGUGCUCUGUACAAUCUGCAGACUCUACUAUUGAAUCGUUGCACUGCUCUGACUGGGUUGCCAAAUUCAAUUGGAAAUUUGAAGCUCUUAAGAUAUUUGAAUAUAUCUGGGGCCCAAAUUAAAGAAUUACCUGAUACAAUUUGUGCUCUGUACAAUCUGCAGACUCUACUAUUGAAUCGUUGCACUGCUCUGACUGGGUUGCCAAAUUCAAUUGGCAAUUUGAAACAUCUAAGGUACUUGGAUUUGACUUCUUCUUCGAUUGAAAAGGUACCUGAAUCAUUAUGUAAUUUGCACGAGUUGCACACACUAAUAUUGUCCGGUUGUCGUAAGCUUACCCAUUUACCAAGCAAUAUCACAAAGCUCAUCAACUUGCGUCAUCUCGACAUUUUAGGGACAUCUUUAAGAGAGAUGCCACCGGAAAUGUCCAACUUAAAAGGUCUUCAAAGAUUAGAUGAGUUUGUUAUAGGCAAAGACAGUGGAUCUAAUAUUAAAGAAUUGGGUAAGCUUCAAAAUCUGCACGGUCAUCUCUGUAUUAGAGGACUUGAGAAUGUAAUAAAUGUUGAAGAUGUUUCACAGGCCAACGUGAAGGAUAAGAAAUGUCUCACUAGUCUGAGAUUAAAAUGGAGCGGUUAUACUGAUGAUCCACUGAAAGCACGCGAGGUUCUUGGCAGACUCCAACCUCAUUCAAAUCUCGAGCGCCUGUCUAUUGAAAAUUAUGGAGGUUUAAGUUUCCCACCAUGGGUUGGACACCGAUCAUUUUCUUGUAUAAAAAGCGUUGAGUUGUCUGAUUGCAAAAAUUGUUAUUUGUUACCUCCGCUGGGACGGUUAACUUCCUUGGAAGUGCUCGGAAUUAGUGGAUUUGAGAUGGUGGAGAGGAUUGGCGAUGAAUUUUACAGUGAUAGUGAUGUUGAUGGUUCUUCUUCUUCUGUGAUCACUAAGCCUUUCCAAUCCUUAAAAAGAUUAGGCUUUUUCAAUAUGGCGGAGUGGAGGGAGUGGUCAUUGGUGAAAGUGGAAGGCGGUGUUUUCUCAAAUGUUAAGAAGCUUUUUUUGGAAGAUUGUCCGAAGCUAAAGGAAGCAUGCUUACCGAAUAAUCUUCCAUCGUUGGAAGAUCUUCGCAUAUGGGAAAAUGACCACCUGAUUGCCUCACUCUCAAAGUGUCGAUAUCCGUCGCUGGGUUUGCUUGGAAUAUAUAGAUGUCCAAAAACGAAGACAUUUCCGAAAGGAAGAUUGCCCUCCAAUAUUCAUACAAUUCAAAUUAACCAAUGUAAUGAACUGGUGUCGCUUUCGGAAGAGGGAUGGCCGUCAAAUUUAAAAUCACUUGAAAUUAGAUAUUGUGAAAAGCUAUUCGCGCACACCAACAGCAUGAAGUGGAAUCUGGGAAUGCUUACCUCUCUGACGACCUUAAUAAUCUGUUCACCCGGUGACGUGCUGGAUACAUUUCCGGAGGAGGAAGGGCAGCUUCCCACCUCUCUCACUUCUCUUUACCUAUUACGUGUUCCAAACUUGAAAUCCUUAAAUGGAAAGGCCCUUCGACACAUCACCUCCCUUCAAAGAUUGCAAAUUUGUGAUUGCCAACAACUCCAGUGCUUGCCAGAGGAAGGGCUGCCCGCAUCUCUUUCUGACUUGAAUAUCGAUUUGUGUCCUUUGCUAAAGCCGCGGUGUCAAAGAGGAACAGGGGAAGAUUGGCCCAAGAUCCAACACAUCCAGAGCAUACAAAUAGAUUACGAAGACAUAUGAUCCAUGCCUUCUCUGUAAAUUUUUCAGUCAUGGUGUACUUGUUUCCUCACAAUGGACCAAACCUGAAGCUAUUUCCACAAGGGAGGAGGGAGGGAAUGGAUUGCCUUUAAACUUACCACAUUCUAAAUGCUCCUUGUUCCUGCUAUCCACUGCAAUGCUUACCAGCAGAAGGAAUUUACAGAAUGAAUAAAGCAUAUGACAACAUGGGGUACUGCCAAUUGUAUCUACUCAGCUGCUACUGCGAGUACUGCUUCUCUGUAGGUUGCAACAAUCUUCCUCUCUCAUAUUACACUUGGAUUGUAACUAGAAUUUCCUCAUCAAAUUAAUAAUUUACUUGAUCUUCAUUACAAGUUGUUGUCGCCGUGCCUGCUCUUCCCUUUUAUCAAAUCUCAUUUUUGCUCCUGCUUACUGGCCCUACAAUCCCAGAUAGAGAAAGAAAAUGCAGUGAAUAUCAUUUUCUGCGGUCGAUAUGUCAGAAAAUUCUUUUCUUCCCAAUAUAAACUAACUUGUGAUAAGGUUUCAUUUCAAACUUUUAUCAGUUGCAACGAAGUUUAGUAGCUGAUUAAAUAACAGUGUGCUCGUUUGUUUUGAAAUACAUUUCUAGCUCUUCUUCGUCAUUUUAAUCUUCAGGUGAUUAAUGCCUGCUACCACAUAUUCAUUGAUUGUUUCAAAGUGCUUUUGGGAAUUGGGAUUUGAAUCCUUAAUCAAGAAGCUAUGAAACUUCACUUCUUGUCAUCCCAGCAUGCGUGAUUGCUGGGGUUUGAGCUCCCCACUUUUCAUUGCUAUUUAACAUGUGACACUGGUCUAUCACUGCUAGAAUCCCCUGAAACCGCUUGUAUGUCAGAUGUUUGAGUUCCCAAAUAGGGAGUUUAUCAGUUCAUACAGGAAUUUACAGGAUACUACGGCUGAAUUCAGAAUUCAUAUGAGAUCACAACCAUGUAGAUGUCCCUAUUGUCAUUAAACGUACCCUUUAAAUGAAAAAAAGGUUCACAGUUUACAUUUUUCUAGUUUAAAGUAUUUGAUGUUGGAGAUUUUUAUUUUUGGUUGUGUUAUAUUUCAUACAAGCUCUCAUUGUCAUUGUAGGUGGCUCAUAUUUUCCCCAUAAAAACCAUGGUAUUUUUCUGCAGGCAUUUGAAGGACAUGAAAGGCAUACUUUUAGAUGGAACUGCCAAUUGUAACUUGCUUCAGCUAUUUGGUUUCAUUUCCCGAUUUCCUCCUUGUUUAAACUGAACUCUUGUCUCGUCUAGUUGAUUUCAACAAUGCCUUCUGCUUAGCUGGGGAUGAUCUCAACUGCAGUUGUAGCACUUUACUGGUUCCUGACAUUUCAGUACUGGAGAACCUUCUGUGCUACCAUAGUCUCACUCUCUAAUUGCAUUGAAUAGCUAAUGGAAUUUAAAAAUAUAUAUUCAGCAAAUUGCAAAGCUUCCUCUGUUUCUUUUUUUAAUGUUGAUGCUCUACUAUUAAGUGUAAGUAGAAGACAAUGUAAUUCAGUUCUAAUCUGUAAACUGUUUUUUUUUCUUCA